CACAUUCAAACAUGUCCCCCGCUGAGGAGCGGCGUUUGCCAGUUCGCUGACUGAGUCCUAAUGCCGCUGAUGUGUCGGUCGAGUGUGCAAAGAGAAGCUUACAAACACAUAAAUGGCAAGGACAGCAUUUGCCGCAUUUUAAUCGCCACCGAUUCCGACCAACAACGCGAAAUUUCGCCGGCCGAAGCGAUUUUAUGCCACAAGCUAGCAGCAAAGAUCAAGCUAUUGCCUUUCCAAUCUAGCUAGUGGACAGGUUAGCCGGGUAGCUGAUGCUAGGUAGCAGGGCUAUAAUUAGUGACCCGUGUGUCAUCGGCAGGAAAUUCGUGAGGCGAUCAGUAUUGACAGCCCAACCCGAGAGGUUUUUCUGUUUCCUAUGAGCUCACAACGCUAGUUGUUUAUACCAAAAUGUCUACGAGUUCAUUGGAUAAAGAAUUACAGGAGCGACUGAGAGAGGCGUCUGCCAUUGGGGACAUCGACGAAGUGCGGACACUGGUGGAGAGCGGUGUAAAUGUCAACUCACAGAACGAGAUUAAUGGAUGGACAUGCCUACACUGGGCGUGUAAGAGGAACCAUAAGCACAUAGUGUCCUACUUGCUCAGUUGUGGAGCUGACAAAGAAAUCCUCACGGCUAAGGAUGAGCUGGCUUCACAACUCACAUCCAAACCAGAGAUCAAACGCCUGUUAGGAGUUGAGGUGGAGGAAGUGCCUGAAGUCAAAGAGCCCCAAUUGCCAAUCAUUCCCAACUACCUGUCUAACCCACCCUUCAUCUACUCCAAGAUCAACAACAAGUCUGAGGUCAUCUUAGCACAGCAAGUUACACAGAAUGGUUCCGGAGAACAUGUGGAGGACAUACAGAGUGAUUCAGGCUCUGCUUCUCCAACCCAUGAGCCUCAGAUAUCACAGAGCCUAGUCUCUGACUGUCCCACACUUCCCUCAAACACUGCUCCUCUCAGCCAAGCCCCGACUGGGGACUUCAUUCCUGUGACUGAGCAAAACGGCAUGUCACCCACUUCAGCCUCGCCCCACAACCAUGCUGUUGUUAACUGCACAGUGCCCAUGGACCUAUCAGUUGAACCACACCUCGUCAACCAUGCUGACUACCCACAUACAGUGGCACACAAUGGCACCAUUUGCUCACCUCCACUGGCCUCACCCAGCUUGGCCAGCAACAGUGGGAACCAGGUCCCAGCUCCAGUGCCCAACACUAAUCCAACCAUGAGCAGGCAGCAGUCGAUUCCACAGCAACUGAGCUACAGCCAGGCCAGUGGGACCAUGCCAGCUUUCCAGCCUUUCUUCUUCACCAGCACCUUCCCUGUCAAUGUGCAAGAGUUGGUGCUCAAGGUGCGUAUCCAGAACCCAAAUGCACGGGAGAACGACUUCAUUGAGAUAGAGCUGGACCGCCAGGAGCUCACCUACCGCUCCCUUCUGAGGGUCUGUUGCCGUGAGUUGGAUAUCAGUGCUGAACAUGUGGAGAAGAUCCGCAAGCUGCCAAACACAAUGUUAAGAAAGGACAAAGACGUGGCUCGGCUGCAGGACUUUCAGGAGCUCGAGGUUGUGUUGGAGAAAGCAGAAGGCCUUUCUCUUUUCUCUGGGACCGGGGGCUUAACAGACAGACCCUGCUACAACAUGAAGGCCUCCCGCCUCACCUACUAGAGCUAGCAUCAAGCUUGAGGUCUCUCUGUGUUACAUGGGCUUCAGUAGCCACCCUCCAGCAACCAUUAACUAGUUGCCUGCCCAAAUCCCUUGUUACAGCUUUGUUUGGAUUUGGUGUUUUGCCAAUUUUCUCAUUGGGGUUUCUUUUUUCCCCCACGUUCUGUAGCUAUUGUACUGUCCUCCUCUGGCCCUCCUGCUGCUUAGUGUACCCAACCAGUUGUAAGCGAUUACUGAUGCAUGGUAUACUCUGUUUUGUGAGAAAGUAUUUGGGUCCCUCACCCCUCUCAUUGUCUGUUUUCUCGCCUCCUGCUGCACUUUGUGCCAAGGCUGUAGUAAGACAAAUAGAGGGGGACAUUUUCCUGCUUUUUUCAUGGACUGGACUUGAACGGGAUUCUGCAAUAGCCUUAUAUGGACACAUCCCUACACCGGAUGUGAACUUUGGUCACAGUGGAAAAAAAAGGUCUGUUGAGACUGGGAGCAGAGGGUGACGGGAAGUUUUUGCAUAACUCUCACUGAUAAGAUCACCUCACCCUUAGUCCAGAGAACAGGACGAGUUGCAGCACAGUCCACGUGCACACAGACACCUGGAUUUCGAACAGAUUGACGCAUUUUCCGUUAUCAGAUAUUCUAGCUGGCGUACACACAUUCAUACUUGCUUUAGGCAUAAACCUUAGGGUCUUUCAGAGAGCACCUGUUGCUGGCCUCGUAGUCAUGGUGAGCUCACAGCAGGCAAGAUUUGAAUAACUUUGGACUAAUUAUAAUUUAUUUGCUAAGAACAAAUGCGGAAUACUUUAUUCUCUAUCCAUGCAUGAAUGGAUACAUUUGAGUUGGAGUACAGAUUGUCCUUUAUAUUUAAGUAAUUCAGUCAUACACUGUGGAAAAGGAAAAAUCAUCUUGUUUUCUCUUUAAAUACUAAUAAUGCAGUAUCACUUCUGCUCUGUAGGGCGUGUUACUCCAUUCAGUUAGCUUCACAUUUUAACUGUCAACUAACUGUGAAAUCUUGUCUUUUUCGGUUUUUGAGUCAUGUUGAUUCUUCGUAAGAGAAACACAUUCGAGUCAAAAGGUCCCAGCAAAGUUUGUGCAUGAGGCUCACGUUUAAUUUAUCAUAUAAAUUAAGACCUCAGUUGACUAUUCUCUGUUGCUGUCUAUUUGUGUAACUGUAAUUAGAAUCAAAACCAAAAACUAAUCUAGCCAGCAUAGAUAAUGAUUGCAGGAAAAAAAAAAAGACGAAGCUGUCACUGCUUGAGUGGAGCCUUGUUCAAUUUAUUUUUUUCCCCCACAUUUUAAGAGGAAAGAAACAUAUUACAGCGCAUGAUCUUGUUUUAAUGAUUGAGUGCUUCCUUGUUCCUCCGACACUAAUCCAAAUG